CCUCAAUCGCAAGGCUGCGCUCAUCGACUCGUCACCGCCAACAGGGAUGCAGCGAGGGCGCAGCGCAGCCUGAAAAUGGCACCACCACGCGUCCUGUGGAUCUAUCCAUCCUUUUCCCUCCUGGCCUCCCUGCUUCUCUUCUGCGCGCUGUCGCCGUGCAGAGCCUUACGGAAUUACCCGGAGAAUGAAGUUACGUUGCUGGAUUCCAUGUCAGCUUUGGCCGACCUUGGCUGGGAGGCUUUUCCUAAUGAAGGGUGGGAGGAGAUCAGUGUCAUGGAUGAAAGAAACACGCCGAUGAGGACUUACCAAGUGUGCAAUGUAAUGGAAGCCAACCAGAACAACUGGCUGCGGACACGCCACAUCAGCCGGGAAGGGGCGCAGCGCAUCUACAUUGAGAUCAAGUUCACCCUGAGAGACUGCAACAGCUUGCCAGGGGUCCCUGGUACCUGCAAAGAGACAUUCAACAUGUACUACUUCGAGUCCAACAAUGCCAACCUGUGGUUCAUCAAGGAAAGUCAGUACAUCAAGAUCGAUACUAUUGCAGCAGACGAGAGUUUUACACAGGUGGACGUUGGCGACCGUGUCAUGAAGCUGAACACAGAGGUCCGAGACAUCAGCAACCUGAGUAAAAUGGGUUUUUACCUGGCCUUCCAGGACCUGGGUGCCUGCAUUGCUCUGGUCUCCGUCCGAGUCUUUUACAAGAAGUGUCCGCUCACUGUGCUUAACUUGGCCCAGUUCUCCGACACGAUAACAGGUGGGGACACGGCACUGGUUGAGGUCCGCGGCGAGUGUGUGAAUAACUCCGAGAAGUUUGAGGAUCCAAAGAUGUACUGCAGUGCAGACGGAGGCUGGCUGGUUCCCAUCGGGAGAUGUGUGUGCAAACCGGGCUUCGAGGAGCACAAGGACGUCUGCCAACCAUGCCGACUGGGAACCUACAAAGCUUCGACCACAGAGCCCUACUGCGCCAAAUGUCCCCCUCACAGCUCGUCACCGCAGGAACAAGCCGUCGAGUGCAUUUGUGAGAAAGGUUUCUACCGCGCUGAGACCGACCCACGCUCCAUGUCCUGCACACGUCCUCCGUCUUCUCCAGAGAACCCCAUCUCCACAGUGAAUGAGACGUGUGUGACGCUGGAGUGGUCGCCGCCCAGAGACGCAGGAGGGAGAGGAGACAUCACCUACAGCAUCCACUGCAGGAAAUGCUCCGGUGAUGGCAAGAAGUGCAUGCCUUGCGGCAGCAGCGUCCACUUUGUUCCCCGGCAGUUCGGUCUGUCAUCAGCCACCGUGCUGAUCACCGACUUACAGCCGGACUCCAACUACAGCUUCACCAUCGAGAGCCAGAACGGAGUGUCCGACCUAAGUCCAACACCGAGAGGAACCGUCGUCAUAAAUGUAACCACGUCACAGACAGUCAGCGUAGUACUGAAGGAAAGACGGAGCAAAGACAGCGUUACUUUGGCGUGGCAGGGUCCGGAGAGGCCCAGCGGAGCAAUAGUGGAAUAUGAGGUCAUCUACUAUGAAAAGAACCAGCGGGAGCAGAACUACACGGUUCUGAAGACUCGCUCCAACAUGAUGACGGUGGACGGACUGAAGCCAGGAACCACGUACGUGUUCAGGGUCAGAGCGCGAACCGACGGAGGCUACGGCAGCUACGGCGGAGAGAUUGAGCUGGAAACCAGCCACGAGGAUGUCUUUGCCAUCGGGGACCCGAACCAGUCCACUAUUUUGGCCGUGUCCGUCGCGGGGGGAAUCGUCCUCCUCAUCUUCCUGGUGACCUGCUUCGUUGUCAGCGGAAGGCAUUGUGGAUACAUCAAAGCCAAGCAGGACCCUGAUGAAGAGAAAAUGCAGUUCCAGCAUGGCCGAGUGAAGCUUCCAGGCAGCAGGACCUACGUCCAUCCUCACACCUACGAAGACCCUAACCAGGCCGUCCGAGACUUUGCCAAAGAGAUAGAUGCUUCCAACAUUCGCAUAGAAAGGGUCAUCGGUGGAGGAGAGUUCGGGGAGGUGUGCAGUGGUCGGCUGCGAGUUCAGGGGAAGAGGGAGAUCUACGUGGCCAUCAAGAGUCUGAAAGCGGGCUACUCUGACAAACAGAGGAGGGACUUCCUGUCCGAGGCCUCCAUCAUGGGACAGUUCGACCACCCGAACAUCAUCAGACUGGAGGGAGUUGUCACAAAAUGUAAGCCAGUGAUGAUCAUAACAGAGUUCAUGGAAAAUGGAUCUCUGGACACUUUCCUCAAGAAACACGACGGCCAGUUCACCGUGAUCCAGCUGGUGGGAAUGCUGCGCGGCAUCGCCUCAGGUAUGAAGUACCUGUCAGACAUGAGCUACGUUCACAGAGACCUGGCGGCUCGGAACAUCCUGGUCAACAGCAACCUGGUGUGCAAAGUGUCCGACUUCGGCCUGAGCCGAGUUCUGGAGGACGACCCCGAAGCCGCCUACACCACAAGGGGAGGGAAGAUCCCCAUCAGAUGGACAGCUCCUGAGGCCAUCGCCUACAGGAAGUUCACCUCAGCCAGUGAUGUGUGGAGUUACGGUAUCGUCAUGUGGGAGGUGAUUUCAUACGGAGAGAGACCCUACUGGGAGAUGUCCAAUCAGGAUGUGAUCAAAGCAAUAGAUGAGGGUUACCGUCUUCCUGCUCCCAUGGAUUGUCCUGUGGUGUUGCACCAGCUCAUGUUGGAUUGCUGGGAGAAGGCACGCAGUGACAGGCCAAAGUUUGGACAGAUUGUCACAAUCCUUGACAAGCUCAUCAGAAACCCAGCCAGUCUCAGAGAGCUGGCCGACAGCCUAGUAUGCAGGGAGGGCCCGUCCACGCCAGAUUUCAGUGUGAGCACGGUCGAUGAUUGGUUGGAGGCCAUCAAGAUGGGUCAGUACAAGGAGAACUUUUCCAGUUCUGGAUAUGUCAGCCUGGACUCCAUCCUGUACAUCAGUGUCAGUGAAUUAGUGAAGAUGGGAGUGACUUUGGCCGGCCACCAGAAGAAGAUUUUGUCCAGUGUGCAGAGCCUGCAAGCCCAGGGGACGCACGUCCAAGUAUAACAGUUUCCCCAUAAACACACAGUGAGACAGUCACACUGGAUGCUCCUGUGAAGGGUCUCCCCUCUGAAAUGGAGUUGUAAUGGAUACUCUGUGCUUGGGCCUCCAUUGAUUUUUCGAUACACUAAGAUGGAGACAACAUGGACGCUUGACUCCUGCACCUUCCCAUAUUUCCCAUCCUUGAUGGACACUCCUGGCUUUAGCACUCAGAGUCCCAGCAACACCAUCACCAUAAUGGAGCAACAGAGAAAGACACGUUUCCAACAACAAAGUCACAGUUCACUUCAUAUCAGCUAAAAAGAAAAAGGAAAAAAAAAGCAAACAAGAAAAAAAAAGACUUUCAAGAUGAGAAAUUACAAAAAAAAAAAGAAAAAAGAAAAUAAUAUCACUGUCUGUAAGGUGUACAGUUGGUUCUUACUGUCAUUUUCUUUAUUUUGAGUUUUCACAAUGAAGGGUUUAAAAAGGGUCAGAAGUUAUGUAUAUGUGCAGAUAUAUGUUUAUAUGGGUGAUGCAUCCCCCAACCGUAGAGAUGGACCUAACGUUUGUAUUGGUGCUGCGGAUUAUUUUGCUUAGUUUUAACAGUUACAGUUACCUUGCAAACGUCUGGCCCCUUCCAUUGCUGUCAGCUUACAGAGAGCCACUGAAUGAGCCGAGACUGUGAAUGACAUGAAUGUGUAGAGGGAGGGGCAAUUCAAAACUGGACCUGUAGAGAUAGAGAGAGAUGUAGUUUUUGAAAGCUUGGAUAAAGUGGAAGUAUGGUUUAUUUGAAUAGUGUAUUUAGGCAGGAUAAGGGCUUCCUUAGAGACUGCUCUCAGACACACUUCCAUAGCAACUAGGCCGAGUGUACAACAGCCGUCUGCUUGCACUUAUAAAGCAACUGACUGCAAAGAACUGGAAGAUACAGACUCUUCCACUGUCUUUUCCAAACAACAAAGUCUGUUCCACAUUUUACGGUAUGCUGUUGUCAGGAAUAUCUCAGCUCAAAUUUUAGCCUUCCUGUGUUUCAGGUGUGUUAUAAAAGUUUUAGCGUAGAGCAAAGGCAAUGUGAAGGUCAUGAUAGAAGUGAUGCCGUUGAGAAUAUCUGACUUGUUUUUUCAGGGUUGUGCCAUGUACAGUAACCUCGACAUGUUGAUCUGGGUAACAUAUCACCGUUCCAGCUGUGUGCUUUCCUUUCAUCAGCCCCCGUCGCUGUAUGGUUGCACAAGGACAGUCACAAAAAUUAGGGUGUAGUAUGUUUUCCAAAUAGUCAGUUUGAUUAAAAACAAGGCAUUUUUGAAUGAAGCAUUUAUUUUUUUCUGCGAGAUGAAGUUUGCAGCAUUGAUUUUCAGAUGCGCCACCACAAGAGGGUACAUUUUACUUAGAAAAAAAGAAAAAAACAAACAAAAUUUGUGCUGUGUAUUCUCACUUUCUGAUUAUCAGUCAUAGCAACCAUCAUCCUUAUUUUAAAAUCAAGUGUCAAAAACAAUGUUUACAGCAAGAAAAUAAUACAUUUGGUUGUUGUUUUUUUUUCCUUAUUAGAAGGAAAGUGCUGCUUAUCACAAUGAUUUGCUAGGUGUGAAGGGACCCUCUUCAUGUACACUGUUAUAUUUGGCACUGAACUGCUUUUGUAGGUCAUUUCCACUCGUACCUACUUGGCUCGACUUGACUCGACUCUGCUCUGUUUUAAGGGUUUUCCUCUGCGUGAUAGUAUUAGUUAGUACCUCCUUGCUUGGCACCUACUUGGCCGGGGAUAUAUAACUGAAUCAGGCUGAAAAUGCAACGUCACUAGGCUACAAGCUAUUGAAUGACCAGAGGAACGUCAACUCCCUUACAUCCGCCAUAUUUAAAACCUGGCAACAGUGGCAGCGAUAUUUACUUCACAACUAAACUUUGGUACGAGAACGAGGCCCUACCCACAUUCAGGUGAUACUAAAUUGCGAAGGAAAACAAGUGAGACCGAGGUGGGUCGGGUUCGAGACGAGUCGAAAACUGUAUAAUGGAUAAGGGGCUUUAGUGUAUUUCAGACCCAGUUUUAACACAUGUGGCAAUCAAUAGGACCAACAGUGGCAUAAAGUACAGUAUGUAUGAUUGUAUCAUAAUGUAAAAUAUGUACAGUGUUGAUUUCCAACGGUAGAAUGUUUGUAAUGAUAACAAUGAUGAUGACUAUGAUGUACUUUUAUUGUGAAAAGAGAUUUCAGAGGUUUUCGUUCAGGGUUGGGUCACAGAGGAAUACUGAAGGCAGUUGAUUCACUGGUCUGAAUAAAGGAAUGUAGCAGGGUGCAAAGACUCAGCUUUGGUGACAGUGACUGCAGUUACGAUGGUGUUAGAAUGAGUAGAAUGAACUUUCCUUACACUUGCUUUGUUUGCACUUUUCAGGACUGUCUGCAAGGAGACCACCACUUUUAGAAAUGCUUGUUCAGAUAAAAAGGGUGGAGGAUUGGUAGGGGAUGUUGGGAGAAAUCUUAUGAUCAAAUUUCUAUCAAGUAUCACUUAUUUAACUGAGGUAAAGCGCUCCCGUUAGCUAAACAAUGCUACCCUUACAUGAAAUUCUGGACAACACAGUGUGUUAAUCUGUCGAUCAAAUGUGUGAGGUCCAGUUGCAUGUUUGCUCUGUAAGCCAGUGCUACGUAUAUGGUCAAAAAGUAAAUGAUUCACCCUGAAUUUUAGUCAACUUCAUUUUAAAUGAAGGACCAACAAAGAGGACAUACACUGUAGAAAAACGGGGUGUUUUCCAAGCUUGAGAGCAAAUAUUUUGAGUGAUUACUGCAACUGGAAACUCAAAACCUCCAGGAGUCUGAAAAUAGGGAAAUGUCAUAAAGAGUUCAGAUUUAACAGGAAAUCUUAUGACUUAAAACCAGAUCAGGAUACAAUCAUCCAGCGUCACCGUUUUUCUCUCCACAUACAACCUCCACCCAAAGUCAACUUUAAAUCAUUCUGCAUUCACUAUUUUUCAGAAGUGGUGAGUCAAAUAUCUUUUGUUUUGCUCUGCUUUAAGUUUUCUUAAACUCUUUUUAAAUAAUUAUGUUCCACCAGUUCUUAAAGUUAUUAUGUUUUUGUUUUUUCUUCCUGGUCAGAGGUUGGGAAUUCCAAGUUCCUACCUUUGGUUGAAAGCAACAUCAGUCCAGCAAUAAAAAUUCAGAAAUGAUAAUAGUAUUAUUAAAAAAAAAAUCAGGGAAAAGUAUCUUACAGUAUAUGAGUGACGGUUCUUAAAUAGUAACUGGUGUCCAAAUUCAGCUCAGCAGCAGGACGGUAAGAACGAGGCUGGAAAAUGGCAUGCUGUACUGUUGUACUAUGUUUGUGGUAUUUUGACCAAAACACAUCCCAGAUAUUUAUUAAGACCUCUGGAAAUUGUGUCAACUUGGGAAAACAAAGGUUCUAAUGUGUCUUCUGAACAAGAUCGAAGACAUAAAUAUGCCAUCAGGACACCUGUAUGCAUGUGGCAUAGCAUGUGCCAUGCUGUAAUGGAACAUUUCACAGUGGGUUAGAGGGGAGGGGCUUAGCAUUUCAGUUUAAAGCUUUACUUCAUGUUACUCUACCACAUACUGUAGUUUUACAACUGUCAGAAUGGUGAUCUUGGAAAUUAUUUUUCACUGCAAAACUGACGAUGAAAUUAUUAAAAGAUGGCUCCUUGCCAAACUGCUGUCACUUCACCUCAUAAAACACGGGUAAAAAGUAUGUUUUAAAAAUGAAUAAGAAAAAAUCUGGGAGAGUCAGAGAAUGUUCAUUCUACUCUUGCUAACUAUAAUUUCACACUAGCGGACUUCAUUUGACCGCUGGCCUUUUUGAUGCCUUAUUUACUGAGCUAUUCUUUUUUUCUGUUGUCAUAUAGAGGCGAUAUUAAGAGAAAAGUGUAUAUGUAGGUAGUAUUUAUCUCUGUUCUUAAGGUGAGCUCACAGCUAGAUCCUGGUUUAGGCGCUCCACAUUACCGCCACUUCGAUUCCUCGAAGUCAAUUUCUUCUAAAAAAAAAACCAAACAGACAUAUUAUUACGAUUCUUAAAGCGGAUUUGUGCUGGUUGAUUGCUAAACUGAAUCCAAUUGUUAUUUGUUUGUGUAUUAUCUGAUUGGCUGACAGUUUAAUAAUUCAUCCAUCCAUCCAUGCUAAACUCUGAACACAUCAUUGCAUACUGCCUGAAAAAUAAUGGUGAAUUACUGCAAUAUCCUACUUUUUACAAACUUAAUCAAACUUUCCUCUCCAGAAAGUUAUGCCGUGCCCCCACUUUUUGUUACAUCUUUUAAAUCCCGCAUUCCUGUCACUUCUCCCCCUGCCAAGGUUGGCUAUGUGGGCUGGUUUGCUUGUUCUCGAAACAGUGUUUCUUUUCAUUCCCCACAAGGGUCGUAGUGUAAAUUUUCAUAAGACUGUCAUUUGAGGCUUUCACCUCGUCAUCUUUCUUUGUCCUCCUCUCUCUUUCUCUCUUUCUUUGACCACCGUUAAUUGCUUAUUUGUCCCCCAUGCCAGCUUCCUCUGCAUUGCUUGUUGUUGAUAAUGUAGGCAUUCUAAUGUCUUUCA